GUGUGAGUUGUACAGUGUUAUGAACUGUCUUCGAAUAAAGUUCAAUAAACAUACAAAAGACAAAUUCAAGUUAUUUUUUGUAUGAAUUAAAAACAACAAAAAAAACCAAACAACCUUACCUUGUAAUGAUGGCUCAAUGUGACGUCAAGGACGAAGCCAAGGCAAUAACGCAUAAAACAUAUGAAUACGAGUUGAUGCACAAUAUUGUUGGGAUCGUACAACCACCAAGCGUGCCUCAAUUUGCUUCCCAAGCUGAUUUUGAGACACAUUUAACACGUGAAGAUUUCCUCUAUUACCAUUACGGAUGUGAUGGUUUCCGUGAUCAUGGUUGGGGUUGUGCCUAUCGCACCUUACAAUCAAUGAUCUCAUGGAUUCUGCCCAAACGUCAUUGGCAGUCAUUGUUGAAUGUGCCCUCUUUAAGGGAAAUUCAGCAGACUUUGGUGCGUAUUGAGGAUAAACCAUCACGUUUUGUGGGUUCACGGGAUUGGAUUGGAGCCCUAGAAGUAUUCUAUACAGUCGAUACUCUUUACGAUGUUCCUUGUAAAAUUUUACACGUUACGCGGAGUGAAGACUUGGCCCAACACAUACCGGAGUUGGUUAAAUAUUUUCGAGAUUUUGGUGGUUUUGUAAUGAUGGGUGGCGAUAUGGAUGCAGCCUCGAAGGGAAUUGCGGGUGUUCACACAAAUGGCAAGGAUUCGUAUUUGUUAAUUGUGUCUAUUCGAGUUAUAAUUAAAUGAAUAAUUAAUGUACUCAGUGACAGAAUGUAUAAUAAACAUAAAUCUAUUGGCUUUAACUGGGACAACAAGUUUUGAAAUCUGUAUUGAAUAGCAACCAAUUCAAAUCUUCAUUGUAGAACAUUUAUCCAUUUGUAUGUAUGAGUGUGUAUGUAAGCCCCUACACAAGAUUUAAAAUCGAUGACGUUUGUUUUUCAACUAUGCAAAUUAGCAUGGUUCACUGACUUAGUACCCAGUUUUUAAACUAAUAUUUGAAUAUAGAUUAUAUUGAG